AUGGAGACGUCAUUCCUCGUUAUGGCGUGCUCCACUUGCACGAAGGGUUUCGAUCUUGGGUUUCGAAGGCUGGCGGGCUCUACUCCCAUCGCAAGCGCUUUACUAUGUAAACCAUCGGUUUCUGGAGGAGUUGUUGUAAUUGGAGGAUGUGAGCUGGAAGUUUCACAGUCAUCUCAAGCGCCCCUAAUCCCAUCAGAAUAUUCGGUGAGGAAGAUCAUUGAAAAGCGCGUUCGCGAUUACUUCAACAAUCAUGGUGACAUUGAACUGGAA